GGGCGGAGGGGCCGGAGGCAGCGGCGGAGCGACGGCGGGAAGGGCUGUCCCGGAGCUCGGUGGCAGCGGUGGGGACGAUGCCGGUCCAUUCUAGGGAGAAAAAGGAGAACAACCACGAUGAGAUGGAGGUCGACUAUGGAGAGAAUGAGGGCAGCAGCUCGGAGGAGGAGGAGACCGAAAGCUCGUCUGUGUCCGAAGAAGGGGACAGCUCAGAAAUGGAUGAUGAGGACUGUGAAAGAAGAAGAAUGGAGUGUUUAGAUGAAAUGUCCAAUCUUGAAAAGCAGUUUACAGACCUUAAAGAUCAACUUUACAAAGAAAGAUUAAGCCAAGUGGAUGCAAAACUACAAGAGGUCAUAGCUGGAAAAGCACCUGAAUAUUUGGAACCGUUGGCAGCUCUACAAGAAAACAUGCAAAUCCGAACCAAGGUGGCAGGUAUCUACAGAGAGCUUUGUCUGGAAUCUGUGAAGAACAAGUAUGAAUGUGAAAUUCAAGCCUCUCGACAGCACUGUGAGAGUGAAAAACUUCUGUUGUAUGAUACUGUGCAAAGUGAACUAGAAGAGAAGAUUAGAAGACUUGAAGAAGACAGGCAUAGCAUUGACAUUACCUCAGAAUUAUGGAAUGAUGAGCUACAGUCCAGGAAGAAAAGGAAGGAUCCAUUCAGUCCAGAUAAGAAGAAACCUGUUGUUGUAUCAGGCCCCUAUAUAGUUUAUAUGUUACAAGACCUUGAUAUACUUGAAGACUGGACAACAAUAAGGAAGGCAAUGGCUACUCUGGGGCCACACAGAGUAAAGCCAGAACCACCUGUCAAACUAGAAAAGCAUCUACAUAGUGCUAGAUCUGAAGAAGGAAGACUUUAUUAUGAUGGAGAGUGGUAUGGACGCGGACAGACAAUAUGCAUUGAUAAGAAAGAUGAAUGUCCUACAAGUGCCAUAAUUACAACAAUUAACCAUGAUGAAGUUUGGUUUAAAAGACCAGAUGGAAGCAAGUCCAAGCUGUAUAUUUCUCAGCUACAGAAAGGAAAAUACUCAAUAAAGCAUAACCACAACUGACUGUUGCUAACCAGAUGUGAAACAAGUGGUAUUUCCACGCUUGAUGUGCCAUGGGGUGAAAGUUGUAUUUAAUAGUGUUUUGUAUUCCUUUAAAAUUUAUCUGAUGUGUAUUUGUAGUGCUGUAUGUAAACUUCAUAUGGAUGGCCUUCAGAAACCUGAGGAUUCAAAAUCAUGUUGACAGGCAUUUUACCUGUAGACUGGGUUCAGUGCCUAAGAUAUGAAGUAUACUCUUCAAGUAUAAUGGCUCAGAACUUCUCCUAUUUAUAAAAUAGGAGGAUUUUUUUUUUCCAUUGGUGACCAGUUGGUGUGAUUAAAAAAUGAAAACCCUGAUUACCAGCAACUCACUUUGUUUGCAGUGAACAUGUCGUGUUUCCCUUGUGGAUGUAAAUUUAGCCUGUUCAACUGUUGCUUUUGAAUAGAUUGUAACAUGCAUAAAGCAUUUUUUUAUCCAAAGUGAACCCGUUUAUUAAAAUGAUUGCCCUCAACAGCUCUGCUAGUACUGCCUGUGUUAUAUUUUGUAGGGUUUACUAUAUUGCUUAUAAUGAGGCAAACCCACUAUUUUGAGCUACGUAUUUUGAGGAGCAUUUUUCUAGUUUAGGGUCCUGUACUGUACGAACAAAUGGUUGGUAAUUUUUUUCCUUCUUCCUCAGAUUGCCACCAAAAUGUAUGCAUAAAGUAGACAGUGUUGCUCCAAGUUAUAGUAAGUGUAGCUCACAAAAAAUGAUGGGGAUGGUUAUGUAAAUACUGUUGCAUGCUCUGCUUGCUUGGUCCACAGUUGUAUGAAACUCUCUGAAUUUUUGUUUGUUUUUUUUUCAAAAAGAAGAUAUCCCCCCAGGAAUCAUAUAACAGAAAAUUUGCACUGACUUGUUUUCACCAAACACUGCUUCCCAAAUUUCAUCUUAUUGUACACCACAACUAUUUCAUGCAGCUUAGAAAACUGAAUUUCUCUUACUAAGCCAUGGAGAGAAGUCUUAAAUCUUUGAUGUUAUUGUGAUGUGCUCAGAGCAUCUGGAGCAAUAGAUGGGACUACCGAAGAAUUGUUAAUGAGUUGGUUAUGUGCACUUUAAUCUCCACUUACAAUGAUUCUUCUUGGAGAAAGAAAGCAUCCAUUUGUUUGAGAUGGUGACAGCAAAUAGGUAUUUUUAUUGUAACAUAUAAUUCUUUUAUUCUUAGAUUAAUUGCCUCUUCUAGUGCAGGCUGGUAACUACUUUCCAAAUGCCAAAUUAGUUUCUGCCGAGUGAUGCUUUUCUACAAUUGUAUGACAUUAUUAAUCAAAUGUACAUAAACUAUCAAUUGACAUGUUGGCUUUUAACAAUAUGAACUGUAUGUAUACAGUUGUUUGAUAAACAUUUUGUAAUAAAAUAUUGUAUUUUUUAACUUAGUAUAUAAAUAAAUGAUCUGUGGUAGUGGA